CGUGGGAGGUGCCGGCGGCCGGCAGUGGUGGAGGGUGUUUAAAUUAUUGCUGGGGAGCGGGAGGCCUCCCCCCAGACCCCAUAUGGAAGAAAGAGAGCCCAAGGGCGAAAUCUCACUUGGUGCAUCUUUAGCGCUGAUGGCUGUUGAAUUAUGUGGCAAAGGCCACUGACUGCCUGAAAGACCAACCAAACCUACUUGCAGCUGCUACGUUGAUAAGGUCCUACUCCCCACUUGGGUCGUCCCAGUUGUGGGAGACGUACAGUUAUGUCCCAGGCGGUGGGCUUUCGAGUGGGUGCGGAAUUCUCGUCGUACAGCGAACUGCACCGUGAGUUCCGGCGCUACCAGAGGGACUGUGCCGUGCAGCUGUGGACCAGGCAUUCUCGCACCAUCGAGGCCCAGAGGCGGAGGGCACCCAAACGGCCCAUGAACGACGCACUCAAGUUUGCCGAGAUCGACUAUGCUUGCAUCCACGGGGGCAAACUCUUCAGGGCCAAAGGGACCGGAAAGCGGACAAACCAAAGAACCAACAAGACCAAGUGUCCCUGCGUUAUUAAAGUUCGCCUGUCUCCGGAUGGAGAUAAGUUUGUGGUGAAAGAGAUGAUUGAAUCACAUAACCACACAGUACAAGAGGCUGAGAGGGAACGCUUCCCACGACAAAGGCGCUUUGACAGUGCAGUACAGAGGAAUAGAGCAGAUAUUAAGGAGAACCUGGGGGUCACAGCAGAUCAGGGAAUCCACCGCGAUGAUAGCUGCAGAGACAAAUGGAGUGUGUGCAAGACAAACCGGACUGACCUGGAAAAGAUGGUGCCCCCACUAGCAGCUGCCAAGGAUGCCACUGUGGUUGUGGUGGUCAGCAAGGCAAACGUGCUGCAGGCCAUCUACUUCCAGGAUAGCAGCAUGAAGCAGACCUUCGAGAGGUAUCCCGAGGUGCUGCUGUUGGACGUCACGUACAAGUGGGACAGCCUGCGGCUGCCCACCUUCCUGCUUCUGGUAAUCGAUGGCAAUGGCGAGAGCGAGCUGGUCUGCAUGUGGUUUGUCCAGAAUGAGGAACACGAGACCAUCAAGCAGCUACUGCACAUCUUCAAGCAGAAAAACCCGGCGGCAGAGAGGAUCCAGACAGUCAUGUGCAGCGGAAAGCCCAACCGGGGUGAAGUUAUCUCUGAAGUGCUGCCGCACUGCAAGCCCCUCACCUGCCUCUUCCAUACCCUGUGUACCUUCCAGGCAGACGUCACCACUGACAAGCUGCAAGUGACGGUCGGACAGCGGAACCUGCUGCUGGAGAUCCUUCACAACAUGUGCUACGCGGCGUCGGCCGAGGAGUACGACCUGCUGUACCACCAGCUGCUGGACACCAACGCGCAGCGGGCGAUCGACUACUUCCACCGGCAGUGGCACGGCAGCCGCGGGCAGUGGGUGGAGAGCUUCAAGCACGAGGGCGAGACCUACCUGACCAGCACCGUCAAGCGGGCCGAGCUGCUGAGCCAGCAGCUGCAGGCGCGCCUGGGCAAGAUCGCCGACUCGGCCAGCUUUGCACAGGAGCUGCUGAAGGCCAUCGACAGCCUACGGGCCGACAGCGACUGCCGGGCCGCACGCACGCUGCAGCAGAGGCCGCCAGUGGGCACGGACUCCGGCCCAGCCGCCUCCGCUUACUCAGAGCUGCUGACCGGCUACGCCUUCUCACGGGUGCGCCGAGAGCUGGAGGAGGCCGAAUGGGUGAGCUUCCUGAGCGCCGAAGCCGAGCGGGCCAGGCCAGCGUGCCGCCGGCGGGCGCUGCUCACCGAGAUCAACAGCUGCCAGUGCGCCUUCCGCACCGCCAUGAAGCUGCCGUGCCGCCACCUGCUGGCCCUGCGCCGGCUACGGGGCGACGGACUUUUCGACCCGGCGCUCUGCUCGGCGCGAUGGACCCGCCAGCACUACCUGAGGGACCACCCGCUGCUCCUCCUGCAGGACCCGGAACCCGUCCCUGUCCCCGUCCCCAUCCAGCCUAUGGCUCCCGUACCCACAUCGCCGAGAGAGCAGACCACGACAGCAACAACAGCAGCGCAGCAGCAGGAGGAGCGGUACAGCCAGGCGUUCCGGGUCUCUCAGAAACUCUCGCUGCUUGCAGCUGGCUGCCCUGCCGACGAGUUUGACAGCUGCUUGGCUGUCAUGACCGCCGUCACCAACAUCUGGGCCAGGGGUGGCCAAGUGCGGGUCACUGAGAUGAACGUGACUCACCCAGAAGAGAGAUCACCAACACCCAACAACAUGCCAAUUGAGGUUGACAAUACAAAUCAGAACUGAUUGUAAACCUAGCACGUGUAGGACAAGAGAAACUCCUCACCUUCACCGGGAUGGAUUGCCUUUACUCGGAUCCAGCUUCACAAUGUGUACAGAUGUAUCAGUUACAUAUACUCACCCGCAGACACACUGACCUGUGACCACUGCACGUGAGCUAUCUCACUGGGCCUUUGGUUUGACCGUGAAGUUAAUUCAUUUGUAGGCCUGAAGGUCAGUUGAAUUAGGCGUGCUGUGAACAAGCAAGAGAUUUUGUGGUGAUCCUGGUGAAACUUGUCAAGAUCGGUAAUGUGUUUAACUCGCAAAGGAUGAGUCUAAAUGUGAUGAGAGCAACAUACUUUUAACCCCCAAAAAGCAGCAUUUGCAGAGCGAGUGGGCAGAGAGCCUUGUUGAAGUUGACAGUGUUCCUAUACCAUUGGUAAGUUUCUGACAAGGGCAUUAACGGGCAAAAUACAUUUGUCCAAACUGUUUCACAGGUACUAACGCUUCCUUAUUUCUAUUCACGAGCACCUAUCAUCACUAAGUGGCCUGGAUACAGGUCUGGAUGGAUGAAUGGAGAGGGUGCCAUCUGAGAAUGACUGUGACUGAAGCAGGAACAGUAAAAGGCCAUUCAGCUCCUCAUGAGAUCAGCUCAGAACAUGGAUGUGAGUUUGCUCACUGAGCUGGAAGGUUAGUUUUCAGACGUUUUG